AUGUUAAAAAUCAAUUUAAAGGAGAGAGGAUAAAAGUUGAUAUUUUCAGAAUCCAGAUGUUGUCAAACUUGGUCUUCAAAGUCUUAUAAGUUACCAUCAAAUUCCUUAUUCUUAGUUAAUCAAUAAAGUAGUUAAUUACCAAAACUUAAUUCGAAUCGAAAUAUGCCAAAUACUUCUUAAUUUCGAUUGUUUGCAAGAAGAUAAUCUAAAUCUGAAAAAUUUGAUAUAGUAUAAACCAAUUUCAGCUUUCGUUUUGAACCACUAUUUUUUAUUAUAGAAUCAAAUAAUCUUUAAUUUUUUAUAUCUUUAUAAACUUUUAACAUUUAUAUAUUGUAAUAUUAUAACAUUUAUUUAUAUAAAAUGAGCUUGAAUAAGUAUUGAGUGUUUCAGAUCCUCUCAAGAAAUAACUAUACACUAGAGAUAGUUAGUUCAUAACAUGCUAUUUGCAAUGGAUGGAAGCAUGAUUCAGCAAUAUCAAACAAUAAUAAAUAAUUUAAAUUCUAACCAAAACAUAUCUAAAUUCAUUUGAACUAUACUACCGAUGCUAUUUCAAUCACAAAUCCUAGCAUCCGUGAGUCCCCAGUCAAAAGCAGCGUAAUUAGGAUAGUCAGUCAAUUUGAAUUUAUUGGUUCAAAAUAAAAAAGGCUUCACAAUCUGACUCUUUCAAUUUAAGACUUUUAGCAUUCAAAAGAGGCAGCAGUCCUAAAGAAAAAAAAGAAGACAGAUAAAAAUUACAGUCUAGUAUAAUUAAAAUCUAAUUAGAAUUUACACAAAAAUCUAAUCACAUGAAACACUAUCACCAUCAUAGAGUAGAAGUGGUCAACCAUUCUCAAAAUCUCUCAUAAGAGAUCCAAAACUAAUUGUGACCAAUGAUAUGAAGUCCCCAUUACAAAUUAGAGCCAGAUUUGAGAGAAGAAUCAAUCUUCUACUCAAAAAAAGAGAAACUUAAAUCAUAUCUUAAAACAAAAAUCUUGCAUUCCAGAAUAAAAAAAAAGUUUUUAUUCAUUAAUGGAUCAAUUAUUAAAAUAUCAUGAAAUCAUUGAUAAGAAAUUUGUAAUAAAAUCUAAAAUAUUAGGAUUAAUUUGAUUCUUCUUGUGAAUCAUCUCCUGCUGUCGUAGUUAAAGUUUAAUUUAAUAAAACAUAAUUUAGUAAAUUAUAUUUAAACAAUACUGGACAUCAUUAAUACCUUACUCCUAGGUUCAAUCACGAAUAAAAUUACAGUAUUAUUACAAGAAAAACAUCUCAAUCUGUAAAAACUUAAUAUGUUAUGGAAAAAAAUAAAAAUACAAAAAAUAUUUUUGAACAAAAAUUACCCUAAUUAGUUUAACUUAGUUUAAAUGAACUUAAUUUAGAUUAUAUUGCUUAAAAAAGAAGCUUUGAUAUUGGCAGACCUACUUAAUAGUUAAUUCAAACUGGAGUUUUAAAUUAAUUACCCACUUAAAUUCAAUUGAAUAGAAGAUAAACUCAAUUUUUUAAUGAAUAGCUAAAAAUAAUGAAAAAUGAUUCAUUCAUAUGCCAUUAAACAAGAAUUAGAUCAUUUUCUAGUGAUAGCUAAAUUAAAGAAAUAAAGAAUGAAUCCAAAAAGAUUGACUAAUUGCACAUAAAAUAAACAAAAUAAAUUGCAUUCUUUGAUUAGUAAAUUAUUUUCAAUUAAAUGAGCUUUAAAGAGAAAAAAAUAUUUAAUUUUUUUAAUUAUAGAGAUAGAAAGGUCGAUAGAAUACGAUUUUAGUAAUAACUAAUUUCAAAACCCUCGAAUUAUCUUACUAUUUCCUAAGGAUUUAUAAUAAUGAGUUGA